CCCAAAAAAAAAAAAAAAAAAUUACUGCAAAAAGAAGGCAUUGAAAAUUUGAAAUAGGAUUCAUCCACAAAGAUAUUAACAUUGUUGUUUUCUGAGAAUUUUUUAUGGCAUUACCUGUUAUUUCUUGCAAAAUUUUAUAAAAAUGACAUUGAAAAAUUUUACCCCUGAAUUACAGGGAAAUUAUGCUGAUGCUAUAUCUUGCUACAAUGAAGUCCUCAAAAUUGAUCCUCUGGCUGCCGAUGGGCUUGUCAAUCGGGGAAACACUUACAAGGAGAGUGGAAGAGUAAAUGAAGCAAUUCAAGACUAUUUACAAGCUAUUGCUAUCCGGCCAACCAUGGCUGAAGCUCAUGCAAAUCUGGCUUCAGCGUACAAGGACAGUGGCCGUGUGGAAUUAGCUUUGAAAAGUUAUAAGCAAGCAUUGAUUAUACGACCUGAUUUUCCUGAAGCAACUUGUAAUCUCCUACAUACAUUACAGGUAUGUACAAGUAUGAUACAUAUAUACAAAUAUAUUUGUGUGUGCAGGCAUGCACGCUCUUGUGUGUGUGUAUAUAUAGGAUCAUGUAUAUUAAACAUCACCCAACCAUGGUUCAAAGUCAUGGUAUCACUCAUCACGUGGAGGGCAUGAAGACACAUCACUUGGGGUGUCAUGAAACAGUAUCAUACAACACACUCAUGAAAUGCUAAAAAGUUGGACAUAGUGAGAGAUUCAGGCUAUAUUGAGAAACAAUAUUGGCGUUAGCUAUGAUUUGAUGACACUGACUCGGUCAACUUUGAUUGGACCGAGUUGUCUUCGAGUCAACCUCAAGUUGUGGGAAUUAUGGUUUUCACGGAACAUGUUUUGAUUUCAGAAUGAAAGUGCUAGAGUUGGGUACGACCUGACUGAGUUGUGUUGGUGUCAAGGAUCAAAAUUUCGUUUCGAAGUACCGUUUCGGUCAACUCAAAAAUAGAAACGUU